AUGUUAUAUGCUGGUGAAGUCAAUUAUCUUACACAAUUUUGUCAAGAAUAUCAAGCACUGAAAGCUUCUGAAAAUUGGCAAGGAAUCAUAGAUCUUGGCUUAAAAGCUUUAGGUAAUAGUCGGAUGAUUGAGAAAAAUUCAGCACUUAUUCAGAACAGGCUUGCAAGUUGUUACUACUAUCUUGGUGAUCACGAUGAAGCCUUGAAGUAUGCAAACAACGCUUAUAAAAGUGCCGUUCAAGCCAAUGACAAUGGAUUAAAAGCUAGAAGUUUAUAUCUAUCUUCAGCUAUAUAUAGAAUGCUAGCCUUAAAAACAGCAGGAAAAAAGAGAAAGAAGUACGAGGACUGUUCACAAGUGAAUAUCAAUGCAGCACUUAAAUUGUUGCGUGAUCAUUCUGAUAUUAGUAAUGUUGUUAAAGCUAAAGUAUAUUUCAACGAUGGAGCAUUAAAGCAUGAUCUAAUGAAAGAUUUUGACGCUGCCAUAGAGCGCUAUUCACAAGCUGAAGAAUUAUUCAAAAAAGAAGAACUUUGUGAUGAUGAUAUUAAUCGUACUAUAAUGCGACGCAUCAGAGCUGAUGUAGAAAGUGGAAAAAAAAUACAGCCUGAUAAGUUGAUAUCUGAAGUACAAGCUUUAAAUAUAGACAAAGAAACUAAAACAGGUGUCCAUCAGUCACUACUAUUGAGCAAGUUACUAAUAGAAUGUGAAAAUAUAGACGAAGCACUUAUAUGCGCACAAGAAAGCUUAGAGGUUGCACAAAAAAAAUCUAUGUCAACAGAAGUUAGGAUGUUAAACAAAGUUAUUUAUUGCAUAGAAAGAGGUUAUUGUAAAACUGCGAAUCAACAACACUCUAGUGAAGCAGAAAGAGAAUCAUAUCCUGUUGUAACUCAACAACCGCAAUCUUUCUUGAGUGAGGCAGAAAGGGUGCUAGAUCAAGCUAUAAAUCAANAAGAAACUAAAACAGGUGUCCAUCAGUCACUACUAUUGAGCAAGUUACUAAUAGAAUGUGAAAAAAUAUACGAAGCACUUAUAUGCGCAAAAGAAAGUUUAGAGGUUGCAAAAAACAAAUCUAUGUCAACGGAAGUCAGGAUGUUGAACAAAGUUAUUUAUUCCAUAGAAGGAGGUUAUUGUAAAACUGUGAAUCAACAAUACUCUAGUGAAGCAAAAAGAGCAGUUAUAACUCAACAACCGCAAUCUUUCUUGAGUGAGGCAGAAAGGGUGCUAGAUCAAGCUAUAAAUCAAGAUCAAGAAGUUGCAAAAAACAAAUCUAUGUCAACGGAAGUCAGGAUGUUGAACAAAGUUAUUUAUUCCAUAGAAGGAGAUUAUUGUAAAACUGUGAAUCAACAAUACUCUA